CGCACAAGCGCGACGCGCUCGCUGCUGGCCGGUCGCACACCUCUGCGUCAAGCCAGCCAGCGAGCCCAGACUACGGUGGUUAGGCCUAGCGCGCGCGUGAACAAUAAACACCGCAUUCGGUGUGUCCCCGUCCCGUCGCCGGACCGCGCGGCCACAGAAACACCGCACGAAUCGCCGCAGACGGGGCAGCUGACGGGCCUUGGAGUGACGGCGACCUUCUUCCGUGCAGAAGCAGCGCAGCAAACAAUGGUUCUCUGGGAAAACGUCCGCUUCCCCGCGGCAGGGGGUCGGGGGGACCUCCUGGGUGGCAAUGGCGGUGGAGCCCUGCAGCCGCAGCAGCAGCAGAUGGGCUCGGCCAUGGCGGACAAGACGCUGGGCAUGACCUCGGCCAUCAGCACUGCCCCGCCCAAGCCUAGCGACCUGCAGCGCACCGACGAACUGGAGGAGACCCUGCGACAGUUCGGCCUGUUCGAGUCCGAGGAGGAACUGGCACACAGGAUGGAUGUGCUGUCGAAGAUCAACCAGCUUGUGAAGAAGUGGAUCUAUGAAGUCAGUAUUAAGAAGAAUAUGCCGCCGAGCGUGGCUGAGAACGUGGGUGGCAAGAUCUACACGUUUGGGUCGUACCGUCUCGGAGUGCACACGAAGGGGGCCGAUAUCGAUACCCUGUGCGUGGCGCCACGACACAUAGAGCGCAGUGACUUCUUCACCUCCUUUGUGGAGCUGCUCCGUCAACAGGAGGAGGUCAAGGACCUCCGGGCUGUUGAAGAGGCCUUUGUACCUGUCAUCAAAAUGACAUUUGAUGGAAUUGAGCUGGACAUGCUGUUUGCUCGAUUAGCCCUGAAGGACAUUCCGGAAGACCAGGACCUGCGCGACGUCAACAUCCUCAAGAAUCUGGACCAGAAGUGUGUGCGCAGUCUCAACGGCUGUCGCGUGACGGACGAGAUCCUGCACCUGGUGCCCAACCGGGAGACAUUCCGGCUGGCGCUGCGGGCCAUCAAGCUGUGGGCCAAGCGUCACGGGGUGUACUCCAACGUGCUGGGCUACCUGGGUGGCGUGUCGUGGGCCAUGCUGGUGGCGCGAACCUGCCAGCUCUACCCGAACGCGGCCGCGGCCACCUUGGUGCACAAGUUCUUCCUCGUCUUCUCCCAGUGGCCCUGGCCCAAGCCCGUGCUGCUCAAGCAGCCCGAGGAGAGCCGGCUGGGUUUCCCCCUGUGGGACCCCCGGGUGAAUGUGGCGGACCGCUUCCACCUGAUGCCCAUCAUCACGCCCGCCUACCCGCAGCAGAACUCCACCUUCAACGUGUCCGUCUCCACCCUGACCAUCAUGCGACAGGAGUUCAAGCAAGGGCUUGCCAUCACGGAUGAGAUCAUGCUCCGGCGGAGCGACUGGAUGAAGCUGUUUGAGCCGCCCAACUUCUUUGGCAAGUACAAGCACUUCAUCGUGCUCAUGGCCAGCACCCAGUCCAAGGAGCACCACCUGGAGUGGUACGGCCUGGUUGAGUCCAAGAUUCGCAUCCUCAUCUCCAACCUGGAACGCCACCCGUACAUCGCCAUCGCUCACGUCAACCCGGAGUCGUUCCCGCCCAGCGAGCCGGAGGGGGACAAGCUCCAGUCCAUGUGGUUCAUCGGCCUUCAGUUCAACAAGACUGAGCACGUCAACAUUGAUCUCACCUACGACACACGGUCAUUCGUCGACACUGUAAAGAGGCAAGCGACAGCAAUCAACAUUUUCAAGCAGGACAUGGAAGUGGACAUCAAAUACGUCAGACGGAGAGAGCUUGUCAAGUACCUACCACAGUCGGUGCUCAAUCGGUGCAAGAAGAAAGGGAACAAGACAACGAACACGACCCCAAACUCCACACCUCAGAACAGCCCUGGCAUGACAUCGCAGGCGGGAAAGAAGGCACUGUCCUCUAGCCGCUCGGACUCUGCCCUCCUUGGCCUGGUGGGGGAGGGCAUGGGUGGCACGGUUGGCAACGACAUCGCAGUGACCAGCGACGACUCCUGCUCUAGCCUCAGUGUGACUGCCAGCGGCAACCCGGCGUCCGUUGCGCAGCACAAGCGGAAGCUCGACCCCGAGUCCGGCGUGGACGUGGCCGUUUCGAGUGGUGGUGGCGGGGGAGUGACCAAUGCUGGCGGCCACUCGUACAACAACCAGUGUGCCGGCAGCGGGGGCUCUGGAGGGGAGGAGGCCAACGACGAGGAUGGGGCCAGCAAGCGGUGCCGCUCGGACGAGGUCAACAGCGCCGCCUUCAUGGACGCCAUCGGACUGGGCAAGAACUCCAAUGAGGACUUGCCCUUCCUCGAUUGUGGUGCAGCCGACAGUCAGCUGCAGAUGGAUGAUUCGUCGUCGCCUUUGAACACCAGCAGUGGCACGAAGCGGCAGUGUGAAGAUGACUGUGAAGCUGAUGGGGAGGUGCCCAAGCGGCCCAAGCCAGACAGCAGUGAGAAAAUGGAGGAAGACGACGACACGGUGUCGUCGUCGUCACCACAGCGCAACCACGUGGUGCCCGAACGUGAGCCUGCCGAGAGUGUGGGUUCGGCGGCAAGUGGGCCCGAGUCUGUGAUUGCCUUGCAGCGUGAGAGUCCGAGGCCCUGCUCCACCGUAACAUCUUCCACUGCCGUCGAAGAAACGGCACGCAUCUCGGACGGCAUUGACAGCACCGCGAGGUCGCCGCUGCACGCGACGGCGCUCGAGUCCACGGUGUGAGGCAGCCAUUCUGUUCCACUGCUGCAGGUAACAAAAGAGAGGGGAGAGAGAGAAAAAAAAUGCUCGGGACAAAGAGGCACAGAGUGGUGAAACAAAACAACAACAACAAAAAAAAUCUUGGGCAGCAGGAGCAGAGGAUCCAGGAAAUCUGUCACCACUGCUUGGCUUUGACCACCCCCCUUAACCCGUUCCAUUCUUCAGCGUCACUAUUUUCAAGAUGCUCAACAUGUCCACACACACCGCUUCCACCUUCUUUCACGAACCCGUCCUGCCAUCCGUCGUUCGCGCUAUUCUGUUGCCACGCUGCACCUCCCCCCCCCCUUCCUUCCUCACCUUUUGUUUCGCUCGUCUUUUCAUCUUCGUCAUUUUUAUCUCUGUCAUUGAUAACGUUUAGAAGCCAAGCAGUUAUUUUGAACAAUUGUGUUCAUCACCUCCUCCUUGCCGAUUCUGCUCUCUCGGAUGUCACCAGCUGUCAUCACCGACUGGACUCGACGUGUGGCUCCCGCACCACUGGACACGACCAGUUAUGUUAUUGUGGGGAGGGAGUGACCGGGGCUGUGUGUCUGGUCUUGGUUUUGCCGCGAUUUCAGUGUCGACCUUGAACGUACAGAAAGUGUUAGUCUGAUAGGCAGUGCACUGUGCUGAGUUUAUUGUUUUAUUUUUUUUUUUUUCAUUUUUUUGUACAGGACUACGAAAGACAACUUUUUUUUUUUCUUAACCAAAGCUGUUGUUGGCCACUCCGCAGUUCGUUGCACUACCGCAAGGGCUCAGUAUCAUUCGCAGCUCAGUUCAAGCCUAAGCUUUGGUCGGGCUUCUUUAACAUGCUGUACCAGUCCCGCUAUCAGACUGCAGAAGUGGCGCAGGCUCAUCACGUAGGUUACCGUCGUCCACGAAAGGAUCAAGGGCGAAACACUUCAGAUGCUGCUUGUCUAGGCUUCCGAUGUACACAGCAGCCGGCUGAUGGUUGAAACCCACAGCUGUAUCAGGCCGCUCCAGUCCAGCACUGACUUAUCGCCGCGUGCCCAUUGAGAGCCUGGGCAUACCAUUAGAAGGGCCAGAACCGUAACAUAAGCUGCCCUUUGGUCACGUGCAAACACUACAGCUUGUGUGUUUCGCAGUUUCUUUUAACCUGUUCUUUUUUAUUUCUUUAUUUCAAUAUCAAUGUCAUUGGUGUUAAGCAAGGAGGACACAGCGUUGUUUUUAAUUUUUUUUCUUCAGAACGACCAGUUCAGUUAGAGUACACCCCUCUUUUAUCAUACCGCUCCCAAUUGGUGCUUGAAUGCUGUUUGUUCAGAGUAACACAGAAGUGCUGAAAAAGCUGAGCAAGUGAUGCACGUUGGUUUCACGCCGUUAAACUCCUGCUAUCGACGGGAGUUCCUCCGAAGCCACAACAAAGCCAAGUUGCCACAGAUCAUUCUAGUGGCUGAAAAGUCGGGCCUUGUGAGAAAACAUCUCUACGUGGCUUCUGUGGUCCAGAAAUGUUUGUGAGCACCUACAAAGACGUGAUUGUUGCCCUGAAACGACGAGAGGGUUCUGAUGGCUGUAAGCUGAGAACUGGGCGUGUGUCCCUCGAGGUUCGUGUUAGUUUGGAGAUCUGUUGUGUGGGAAGCAUUCUUUUUUCUUUUUGUGCAUUCGAAACUCUACAACCUUGUACCUUUCUCUGUAUGUGUGUGCUUGUGUGAGUGAGUUUUCAUCGAAACAUUGCCGAGUUCGCAGUGCAUAUUUUUCUAAAGCCAAGUCACUAAAAAAAGUUCAUUGUUGCAGGAAGCCUGCUGUGACAUUUUUUUUCCCAUCUCAUCUCAUGUUGUUUUUCACUGCGUUUGUUUUGUCACAAGUUCAUUUCCCUUUUCACGAUUACGUGUUUUCAUUGUUGUUGUAGAUUGUGUGUGUGUGUGCGCGCACAACUACAUGGACGGGGCACCCAUGGUUGCCAAGUCUUCCUGUUGUGCUAGUACAGAAAAUAAAGAAAAAAUAAACAGGAAAAAAAUCUCCUUCCUCGAUAGUUUCUUACAGUGGUACCUAGGGGGAAAUCAGCUGUCCGUCUGCGAAAUUCCCUGAACAGGUGCUACGCCUGGGUAUGGUUCGGCGCAUUUUAAGCGUGGCCUAGUCCUUAAGCAGGGAUGUUGCUGUGCGUUGAAGCGUUCUUAGAAUUAAGGUGUUGUACUGUGAUACGCAUUAAAAUAAUGUACGCUUACGAACGAGAAAAGGGAAAAGCAUUUGGCGGAAACUAGCAUUACAAUGUGGCAAGAAAGAGAUUUCGUGGCUUUUUCUACUGUUUUGAUGACUUACUGGUAAUUCUGGCUACGUUGUGAUAUAAACUGUAAUGAAGUACUUAUGUUUUAACUAUGGAAUCUUGUACCAUAAUGCACAAAAAAAUUUGCUGGAAUAGUAGACUAAGCCAUCUUGAGAAACGGAACCCAAAUUGUCGGACACAUGUUGGAUACAUUCCUAGCAGUCUGAAUUGCCUGGUUUCACCGACGCACUUGCGUGUGAAUUUGCAUGCCACACUGCUGCCACUCCCCCCCCCCCCUGGUGAUUGUAGGAAAUUGUACGCUUCCCUGAACCCGCAUCCCCUCAACCCUCUACCUUUUUUGUUAUCUCUUUCCGAAGAGUGCUAUCUGUCUUACUGUAAUUGUUAAUAAACUUGACAAGCUUACUGAGUGUAGACGGUGCACACUCUGGUCCAAGUCACUUUUGGACUGCUUGAGGUCAAUGAGCGGGCAGCUUCAGUGCGUCCGUGACGUCUUAUUUCUUUCUAGUUUCCCAUCUAAUCUUGAAAUCUCAAAUAUUUGAGGUAGAAUGGAUGAGUCUGUCUAACAGUUAUCACUGUUUUGUAAGAAAUUUCCACGAGUGAGUGCUCUCCAUUGGUAGUCUCUAUCCCAACAUUUAUUAAUAUUUUUUCUUUCUUAUGCGAUGAUUACAUGCCAGCUUUACAAGCUUCAUUUUGUGUGGCCACUUGGGACGAGUUGGCAUUCUUCUCUUUCGAAUUGUAAGCAUAAUUUGUUGUCGGUACAUUUUUUUUACUGUGUCUUUCUCACUGUUUUUAGCACCCGUGCUCACACUUUCUGCCUACAGCAGUUCAGUUCACAAAUCUUAAUUUGCUAGGUUGCAGUUAUUUCAGCUGCUUCUGAGCUGUAACCGUUGACUAUGUUGGCGAGUGUUACAAGACUGCACCGUUUCAAACGUUGCCGAAUGUGCGUGACGACACUUGAUUGGCCACUGUAUGUGGAGGCCAGUAUGUGACGUACGUUACGUUUGGAAGCAACAGUGAUGGUUAGCAUGGCAACACUACACAGGUUGUGGCAGGCUAGAAAAUGGAGCUUGCUGGGAGUUUGCAAUUUGAUCGUGGGAAAGGACGAAGUGAAAUAACAACACUAGACGAGACAGCAAGUGAAGCUGUUUAUUUUGAGAUAGAGGAUAUAUCGAUGAGUGUGACUAAUAAUGUCCUAUAUUUCUUUUUUUUUCUGUAUCUUUUUGAAACUUUUAUUUUGCUUGGAGGGCUUUGAAAGAAAGCACCCAUCCUCCAAUUAAUAGGGUCUUUUGAAUAAGAAAUUUCUUUUACUUACUUUUUCUCUAUUUUUAUAUUCAAAAUGUAACUAGCGAUAGAGUGAUAGCAAGCAUUAGGGAAUGUAAAGCAAGUUUGUGCGGCAAUGAAGACCUUCCCCAUUUUUAAGUUGUGCGCUUCAGAGGUGAAAUAACAGCAGCAGGCCUGCGCAGUGUACGUUUCGCUUUUAUAAAAUGUCGAUGCAGGCACAACAUCAAUGCAGCUAGUUUGCUCGCUGUAGUGUUGUUUGUCACGUUAAGGGCUGCUUAUUUUUAAAAAAUUAUUUUUAGUGGUCUACACCAGAACAUUGUUGCCGCACGUUUAAUCUCCGAUAAAGGCUGCACUGCCACGGUGUGUGCAUGUGAGAAAAUUCUUUGCCUGGGUGAUUCUUCUUGUGUGAUAAUUUUUGUUUAUCAAUGCCUUGUUGUGUGGGGUACGAUUUCACGAAACCAAUUGGCAGAAAACCCGAUAUCCUUCAUUUAAGCAUUGGCAUACUUUCUUCACCUCGAAAUCCUCCCAUUAACAAACACUUCCUUGUUACAGAAGUGUUGAAAGGCGGGCAAGUUGGUAUAGGUUCAUACUGAAAUAUUGGCAGCGCAAAUUAACGGGACACAGAAGGGGAACACAAACAGCGCCUGUUUGUGUUCCCCUUCUGUGUCCCGUUAAUUUGCGCUGCCAAUAUUUCAGUAUGAACUUCCUUGUUAUAAUUUCUCAAUGGCCACCUCCCCUCCCCUUGUUUCAAACACGGAGGCACAACAUGAUGGAAGAUAUUUGGGCAACUGUUGCUGGUCUUGGACGAGAUCAUUCUGUGAAUAAACAUAGAGUCCACACAAUUGCCUUGCAUGUGCGGGAUUUCGGGCGUCGUGGUUUGUUUAGGAUUGGAUGCUCUGAUCUCUUGUGUUGUGAUCGAGUUUUGCAGGUUUUGGUUUGGCACACACGUGGGAAACUCCCGGGAAUGCUGUAAAUACUGAAGGUCAAAUAAAGCGCUUUUUUUUUUUU